AUGCUGCGACGGGGCUCACUGCCCACUACCACGCCGACGCGAGAGCCCUGCAUGUUCCCUCGACAAGGACGACAACUAGAUCUAACCGACGACGGUGAUGUCGUGCUGCAGCUGAACCGUUGGAUCCUGCGCGCAUCAUCGACUCCACUGCACCCCCCGAUCUUCGUCAUUGGCAGUGCUGGCGAGACUGGCGACUUGGGGUGCACACCGCCCUGCCACACCCCUGCGAUCCCUUGCAUCCAGCACGAUGCGUAUAGCGUCUCUGUCCGUGUCCGAGUAGGCGCAGAUCCUGCUUGA